AGAUAACGUCGGCAGUCAAUCGUGAAGGCCCGGUGGGGCUCCGUAUCUGCAGCAAAAAAAUAUAUAUAUACUCCUGUAAAUCAAGCCAAGUCUCAUCUGGGACACCCUAGCCUCCAACAGGCAGCCAGUUUAGUUCCAGAAAGCAGCUCCUGCCUAUGUGAGUACAUGGACUCACCUUCAAUACUACCCUGAUCAGCUUGUACUGGGCUAUCUGGAGCUUCCCCUUCCUAAGUUAAGAUAAGCCCCCAAACCAGGAAGUACUAGCGUAGUCAAAAUGGCAUUGAAUGAGGGCAGUAGCUAGCACUUACAUGGAGUCCUUAUCAAGCAGCUUGGACUUUCUAGCCAAAAACUUAGUCCUGGCAUUAACCUUCCCUAGCACUUUAUUGGCCACCCUCUCACCUCCCAAACUUCCAUCAAGGAUGCAUCCCAGGUAGCUAACAGAGGUUUUAGUAGUCACCCCCUAACUCCACUCUGAUUUCAGAGAACCUACUCAAUUUAGGUCUGGAUCCAAAAAGAAUGGCCUCAGUUUUCCCUAAGUGCAGAGAGAGCUUAUUAUCUCCAAGACAUUUUCUAAUGUUAGUAUGCUCUCCAACAUAGUUUUACUUUUGUGAGACUCCAGAAGUGUAGUCAUUCGCAUAAAGGAAAAUAACCUUUCAUAUCGUUAAUAUACACUAAAAACAGUAGAGGCCAAAGCACGCUCCCCUGCGGAAUGCCACAACUCAUUCGUUUUGCCUGAGACAGUGAACCAUUAACCUCUACUACUUGCUCCCUACCUGAUAAAUAGGACUUUACCCAGCCUAGCAGGAUGCUGCUUAACCCCAGUGCCUCCAUUUCAGAGAUUAGGAGACAGUGGUUAACUCUAUCAAAGGCCUUUUGUAGGUCAAGCAGUACCAUUCCACAGAGAUUUCCCUCAAUCUCUUUCCUGAUGAAGUCAGUCAAGUAAAGUAGACAUGAAUCGGUGGAGUAUGUUUUUCUAAAACCUGAUUGAGAAUCAUACAUUAGACUAUGUUGACAUUCAUAAAUUUGCUCAUGUACAACUCUCCAGGAUCUUUGAUGUUACACUGGGGAUAGAUACCGCCCUAUAAAUCCCAGGUUCAGACUUUAUCCCCUUCUUAUACAGGGGUAUACCUUUAGCUUGUUUCAUAUCCCUGUGAAAGGUGCCUUGUUCAAGAGAGAGAUUAACAACAUACAUGCUUAAUACAAGGGCCAAUUUGCUCAGCAGAAUCUAUAAGAAACCUUGCAGGAAUAUUAUCCAGGCCUGUGGCUUUGGAGCAUUUAAGCUCUGCUAGCAUACUGACUAUUUUGGCUGUUGCUACCUUUGCAAAAGUUAGUUUGGCUGUACCCCUAACUCUGCAUAAUAAUUCUUGACUUGGUUGUUUCUAUGCUAGCCAGUUUGCCAGUCCGGACGGGCGUUCAACACAAGAGGUGGCUAGCCUAUAACACAGCACACAAUCCCAACAACACCCAAACAAUGGCUAGAGUUCAAGGAGAGAGCUUAAAGACUAACCUGAGGGUGGUGGCUCCUGCUUCUACCUCUUCUGGUGUCAUUGGGUCACAACGUGGGAGGCUGAAUAUUAGGACGGACGCAGACAAGCCGUACACCUGUUGCACGUGUUGGAGCGGUUCGUUAGGGCAAAAUAUUUGAAGGAACACCAGACCGUUGACAACAAGGAGAGGCUCUUCAGGUGCAAACUAUGAGCUUCACCUUCUUGACUAACCUUAUCAGACAUAGGAGUGUCCACAAUGGGCGAAAUAGGAGCAGUGUGACUUGAGAUGUGCACAGGGGCUAUCUGGGAACCAUAAUGUAACUGACAUUUAAUCCUAUAAAACCGUUUUUCCAGGUUACCUUUUUUCAGGUUCUCUCGAAAUCACACUUUUAAAAAAAAAUAGAAAAACAACAUUUUAUGUAAAGUCCACCUGAGGUCUGGGAAAAAUAGAAGAUAUUUAGAUUUGUUUGGGUGUAGGUACCGUUUAAUGCAAAUGUGCACCAGCAAGAUAUAUUUUGGUUGUGAUGUUUCUGUAGCGCUCAUGUGAUUGCAGAGUUUGCUAAACAAAUGGCCACUGGAUUUAUGCAAAUAAUCAGGUAGUCAUAGGCUACAUUGUAGUUAACAUUUAAAUUAGGUUUUUGGUUAAGCCUUUCCAUCUCUAUCAGAAGGUUAUCAUUAACAUAAUCGCUAACCGCUACACAAAGUGUAGGCAUGGGCGCACACACACACGGGCAUUCCUGUUUCAGGAAGUCGUAGGAAAAUACGAAUCACUGAUACCUUUUAAAUAUCGUUGAAUUACGUUUUAAUAUAUGGAUUAUGUGACACCGUCCGAUUUUAUAGGGCUCUACAUAUCAUGUGAAGUGUCUUGGUAAGAGGAUAAUUAACACACACCCCUCAUUAAUCAUUUAACUUUUUAUUUGAAACAGACUUGUCUGAAUACCUGUUUUUAGAGACAGUAAACCUAGGCUAGAACAAGGACAGUUUAAUAUUUACCUUACGGAGGAUUAAAUAAAGUAAUUAUAUUUUAUAUUCUAUUCUUGCUGACACACUGUUCUAAAGAAGUCUGGGUUGAGUUUGGAAGAUAGUGAUCAUGAUUAGGAUAGUUGAUGUAAAACGUAAUAAGCAGUACCGUAAUUCAACAAAAACAGCGCGCAUUCCUAUUCCAUUUAACCACAACAUUUUAGCUAUGACGCCAACCAAUCAGAUGCCUUCUCUUUAGUGCGAAGUUAAGCUAACGUAACCAGGUUUAGUGAACGGAUGUGCAGUAACCAAGAACAAAUUCCACGUUAGCGUUUUUGUUAUUUAGACGUUUAUUGACACCGUGGAACUCCAAAAUAUGACACAUUUAACCGCGCAGUAGCAGCACAUACUUGCCUCGGGUAGUCUUUAAUUCGCGUUGGAGACGGAACUUGGUUGAUAUAUGUUAUCUAGCUAGCUGCUAACAACAAUGGCGGACUGUAUGGUUUUUCACACUCAAAUAGCCUCCAUCAUGGAGAUGCUAGCGAAUGCAGCUGUGGCAGAGAUCUGUAAACUCGUAGACGACGACUAUGCAGUGUUUCGUUUGGAAAUAACUCAAAGCCAGAAAGAAAACAGGGGGUUGCGGAGGAAACUACAGCUAUUGGAACUGAAGGUGGCACGGGAGCGCGCAGAAAGGACAAUUAGAGAGCGCGUCCUCGCCAGUCGCCCUAGUAGUGUGAAGAUCCUCGACCGAUACAGAGGAAUGGCAAGAGGUGAAGGACAUCUCGCUGGAGGCCACAGGAGCUUUGUGAAGCCAGCGGGACACAAUACAUGGAGAGAUGACCAACCAAUCACUGUUGAUGAGGGUAGUGGAACCUCAACCCAGCACAUUAUUGUGAUAGAGUCUGCAGAUGCAGAGGCUGCAGGUCCUGGGGUCAAGCUGGAGAGGUCUGAAGGAGAGGAGGACACACAGCACAGCAGAGACAUCCAGUCUGGAUCAGUGGCUGGAGUGGCGCACCCUGUAGUCACGGAAGACCUCGCCACCGCUGCAGCGCCCCAGACCAGGACCGGACGCAGCAUCACGGAGGAGGAAGAGGGUCCAGAGAUGCUGCUGGUGAAGGAGGAGGGCUGUGAGGAGGGUCUGGGGAACCCUGAGGGCACUAUGGUCAUGGAGGACAACCAGACUACACCUCCUGAACCCACAGAGGAACCAGCUGAGCAGCACAGGACCACACACAGUCUCACUGAGUCAGUAGACAUGGAGGAUGGGAAGCCUGAUCUGCUGCUGGUCAAAGAGGAGACAAUAGAAGACAGACCAGAGAGCAUUGACCUGCUGAGUGGACUAAAGAUGGGGGUGCAAGGUUGUUGGCUGGAGGAUAACAGAGGAAACUGGGCGGCCAUCAUGGAUUCCCAGACCGGUGCAGCCAAGGGCCCAGUGGACAACAUCACCAAGCAGGCCAGGACCAGAGAUGACAUAGUGGAGUCUGCAGUCCAUGAGGACCUGCUGAUAUCCGGUGUUGCUGGCGGGAGAGACUGGACCUCUGAAACAGGUGGUCACAAACCUUGGCACCGGAUCAGAACCCUGGAUCAGGAGCCUUCGCUCUUACGUCCCGAGUUGGAACCAGGACCGAACCGCGAGGGACAGAGACUCCACCACCACACAGAACACAACCAGUGGACAGGUGGACUGAACCACCUCAGUCCUGGUGGUCAUCAGAGAGACAGAGGCUCCAGUCAGGGAUCCAGUCUGCAGCCCAGACCCUUCUCUUUACAGUCUCAGUGCAGGGAUGGAGCAGGGCCUGGGGCUGAUAGAGAUCGACCCUCCUGUUCCUAUGAUACAAACACCACAGUAUCCAUGAUGAACAGAGCAGGUCACCCUGGGAUUCAGCCUUCACAGAGAGUAGUGGUCGACCCCUCUGGUGGUAGUCUAUCAGCAAGUCUGUCUUCUCCUUCAGAGUCUUGUCAAAUGCCUGGUGAAUGGGUUCAAAGAAAGCCUGGACCUGGGUCUAGCCUUCCUCAGUUACCUCAUGGUUACCCCACCAAUACAGACAGGGUCAGGAUGGGCAUUCACCACGAGCGGUACCUAGCCUAUAACACAGCAGACAAUCCCAACAACACCCAAACAAUGGCUAGAGGUCAAGGAGGGAGCUCAAAUACUCCUGUUUCUACCUUCUCUGGUGUCAUUGGGUCACAACGUGGGAGGCCGAGCGUUAGGACCGACGCCAACAAGCCGUACGCCUGCCCCACGUGUGGGAAGUGCUUCGCUGAAGCGUACUAUGUGAAGAUGCACCAGACCGUUCACACCAAGGAGAGGCCCUUCAAGUGUAAACUAUGUUACAAGAGCUUCUCCUUCCUGAGUAACCUUAUCAGACAUAGGAGUGUCCACAAUGGGGAGAAAUCGUAGCAGUGUGGCUUGAGAUGUAAACAGCGGCUAUCUGGGAACCGUUCUUUAGCUGACAUAUUAUAGUAAGAGGGUAAUCAACCACAUACCCUUCAUUAACCAUUUUGUUAAUUUGUCAUUUGAAACAGGCUUGUAAAUACCUUGUUUUUAGAGAAACCGUAAACCUAGAACUAGAACAGUUGAAUAUUUACCUUACUGAGGUGAAGUAGUCAUAUUAUUUUAUAUUCGGUUCUUGCUAACACCGCUCUUUCUAAACAAGUGUGCUCUCUGCUUGAAAGAUACUGAUCGUAGGAGAUCUGAUGUUUAAUGUCAUAAGAAGUAUUUCAAAGAACAGCGAGCAUACCUUUUUCAUUUAACCACACCCUUUGAGGUAUGACGCAAACCAAUUAGAUCGGUAGGUGGAAACCGGAAGAGAUGACUCUGACACAAUGGCGGAAACGGAUGUUUUGUUUGAAACUGCUGGCGAGUGAAGAUGACAGUGAGAAUUUCACUGGCAAAAAAGAAAGGAAACAAGAGAAGUAAAGUUGUGAUGUAAAAUAGGAAACGGUUCUUUGGUCGAGGUGAAGGUUUUGGAACAAUGGAACUUGGGAGAUCCGUUUGAAGUCUCGAUAAAUGUCAUGGAUGCGUUGGGUGAAGUGGCGUUAGUGAGAGAAGACUUGAAAUAGACAAGAUGGCGGCGUACACAUUGUUGGAUUACUUCAUGGAGCAAAAAAAGUAUUUAUUUUAAUAACAGAGCAUUUUCAUCUGAAUUCAAACGGACCCCUCGCAACAGGACACAGACAUUUUAUGGGACUCCUGUUUCCAUGAAUCGAGGACGAAGACAAUAUCACCAAACUAAAGUUGGCCGAAAAUGAUCUGUGCUACACCAAACAGUACUUAUCCGGUAACACCCAUCAAUGGAUACCAAAAGUCUUCGGAUAAAUCACAUCUGGUGUAACAAUCUGUAUCUCAGGCAGUACAAGGAAUCCUGUACCCUGAACCUGUGUAGGGAUUUGAUUUGAAUUGGACUGUGAGUGACUGAAGAAGUGGGAUGGUUUUGAUUUUUCUAUAUUUUUAUUUAGUCUAUUGUUGUUCCCCCCCUUUCCCACAAUGGAUUGUAGAGGGUGAAAACCCUCACACAGGGGGAAAACCCUAAAGCUGCCGCCAACACCUCCUUUAGAUGCACUUGAAGGUCCACACGGGAGAGAGGCUGUAAGCCUGCACGUACUGCAGGAAGAGGUUCUCAGAGAGGAGCUACCUCAGGAUACACCAGCAGAAAAAUCAUCCCACUCUAUAUCAUAGAAAGUAACCAUUCCACUCGAUAGCUUCUGACGUUUAGAUUAAACUCUUCAUUAAAGACAUAGAUUAAUUUUCGUUGUCAGCAGAAAAUAUCAUUUGGUAUAAUGAGAGUAGCAGAUUUCAGUGUUGAAUAUUCCUGGGUAGGAUAUUGCAUCCAGACAUAAAGUAUAUUUUAUAUUGUGUUUGUACUGUAUAGGCUAAAUGAUGUUCACAAAUUCAUUUUUAUUACUUCCAUUCAACUAAUUAUUUUUUUCUCCUAAAGACACUUUUAAUGAGAAAAUGAAUGCAGUUUAUCAAGUUCAUGCAGUUGUUUUGUUUAGACGUGUGUGUGGUUCUAUUGCUAAUACUCGUUUCAAUGUGUCACUGUGGGAUUUGCUCGAGGGCGGAUUAUUUGUUUGAAGUAUCCAAUCACACAGCAUUUGUUGGAGACAGAGAAGUCGAGUGGCGCUGGUCGACAAGGAUUAUCCCUCAUCUUGGUAGCCCCUCGAUGGCCAGGGAAACUCUGGCUAGCGGAGAUCAAUCUCCUGCUUUACAUCGAGCCCUGGCAACUACUGUUACGCAGGGAUCUUUUGACCCAGGCGAACUGAGAGAUGUUCCACCCUCACCCAGAAACCAUGGCCGGCUGGGCCUGGCCUGUGAGAGGGUACAUCUGAAUGUGACAUGCUUGCUUCUCUGAGUCAUUGAGGCUAUCCAGAGUGCAAGAGCCCCUUCUACACGUUCACUGUAUGGAAACAAGUGAUGCGUUUUUGAUUAAUUGGUGAGACCAAAAACAGAUUAUUCCUUACCAAUGCUCUGUAUCCGAGGUUUUCUGCUUCUCGCAGGACUUUUUGGACAUAGACCUUGACAGUGGAGAACGCCUUCCCUAUCUAGCCACUAUCUCGGGCCUGUCAUAUAGGCUUCGACAACAACACAGUAGGGAACACCCUCUGUUAUGUUGUUUCAUGAAGGGAGCGCGUCGCUUAUGCCCAGUCUCCAAGCCUUCAGCCCCGUCUUGGGGUCUGUCUAUUGUGCUUGAGGCGAUUUCACAGCAACCUUUUGAGCCGCUUGAAAACUUAGUUGAAAAAUCUCUCCUUCAAGAUGGCUUUGCUGAUUGCCCUUACAUCCGGAAAGCAAGUGAGUGAGCUGCACACACUGUCAGUCCACCAUUCGUGCCUACAGUUUGCCCCGGGGUUAUCCAAGGUAACAUUGUUACCCAACCCUGCCUUUGUGCCGAAGGUCAGCAGCAAUUACAAUUGUCUCGCCUUUCCACCCGCCACCCUUCACUUAUAUGGAAGAAGAGCGUCUCCACCGUUUAUGUCCAGUACGUGCUUUAUGCAUCUACUUAGAUAGAACGAGAGCAUGGUAUAAGAGUGACCAACUCUUUGUGUCUUGGGCAUCUACUUAGAUAGAACGAGAGCAUGGUAUAAGAGUGACCAACUCUUUGUGUCUUGGGCAUCCCCCUGUAAGUGCUGAUCUAGAAUCAGAUUUGCCUUUUAAAUCAUAAGGAAUAAGACUGUUUAGACAGGUGGGGACCUGAUCCUCGAUCAGCACUCCUACUUUGACGCUUUGUGGAUACAGGCCAGGGUCUUCAAUCAUUUUAAGUGUGGGACCACGCCUUUGAAUUAUCAAACCAUUCAAGUGUCAAGUAAUCAAAUCGACUUACAUGUUUGUAUAGUAUCAAAUGAACUAAGACGUUUUGCAUAGUAUCAAAUCAACUAACAUGAGGUUCUCUGAGGGGAGCUACCUCAGGACACACCAGCAGAAAACGCACACGGCCCACGUGUAGAGUGAUAUGUAGUACUAGUUCGUUUAUUUGUAGUUCAUUCUGGUGGAUUUGGAUAUUGUAGGGAACUGGAUGAGGUGAACUGGUGAAAUAAUGAGUAUGAUGAGGCAGAGUAGAUGGUGAUGGUGUCUGUAAAAAUGCUUCAUUGAUGAAGAGUGAUAACUAUGUCCCUUUUGGUUGAGACCGGUGUUUUAUAGUGAGAUAAUGAUGGUGCCUUAAUUCAUGUUUACUUGACAUGAAGUAGUGAAGCUGAAUGAAAUGUAAUGUUGAACCUUUUCCAAAGUAUUCAAAAAUGUAUUAUAUCAAAGCGAGGGUACCAGGUUUACAGAAAAUAUAGUGUUACCAUAGUGUCACGUAUCGGUUUGUGCAAUAAAAGUACUGUACUUCAUGUUAUGUGAUUGUAUGACCAUUUUGUAGAAAUUAAAUACAAAAUUG